UCCAACCCUUCCUCGGGCACAGAGUCGGUGCCGAGCCCCCGGACCCGCAGCCAGCUCCUGGCCAGCACCGUGGAAUGGUGCAACCUGACCCUGCAGUGCCAGGGCUCCGGGAAAGGCGCCGUGAACGUCACCUGGAAGCGCGACAGCCUCACCGGGGACCUGAUCCCCGACCGCCACCAGCUGUCCCCGGACGGGACCACCCUGAGGGUCAACCUGCCCCCCACGGCCGCCAACGUCACCUACGCCUGCACCGUCAGCAACCCCGCCGACCAAAAAGUCGCCCUGUUCGACCUGCAAACCAUCUGCCAGGGCGGAGGGGGAACAACGUCCUUCUCCACCUCGGGGUACAUCGUGCUGACCCUCAUCCUGCUGGCCGUGAGCCUGGGGGGGGCCUUCUGGUGCUGGAGGAUGAACAGCGAGAAGGCAUCGGAUCCAGCCACCACCCCCACGGUGGCCGCCGAGGAAAGCCCGUCGGAGCCCCAGUACACCGACAUCGUGUGCCGGAGCCCCCCGGAAGGUAAUGACCAGGGCCCGAGUCACCCCGAGAAUAACCAGGAGCAGAGCUCGCCGCAGAAAGCACCGGCGGCCGCCCCCGGCGAGGAGCAGCAGCAGCAGGGCCAGGCAGCGCCAGGGGACACGGCCGAGGAGGCACCCGCAGGGCCGGAGCGCCGGGAUCUCCUGGAAGGGCUGUAAAAGUGCGUCGUGUGCCAAAUCCCAACCCAAAUCCAGCCCCCCCCCGUUUCGGCUCCGGGAUCGGGAGGCUCCACCGCGGGACUUUCAACCGGAUGGACCCCCUUCCCCACCCACCCGCCCGCCCGCCCCCUCCUCCGGUUCAUCCCCAACCUCCUUCCCCGGUGCCCUCCGAGACUGUUUUUGGGGAGCGCGAUCCCGGACCGAGGAGGUGGCGGCGGAGCUGGGGGGGGGUCCCUCCGUGGUGUGUCCCCCCCACCUCGGGAUGCUCCAGGAUGGGGGAAAACCCCGGGAUUCGCCUCCCCCGGGACUUGGCCGGG